UACAUUCUGCGGCUUUUUCGGUUGUGUCUCUCGGUCGAGGGAAGACGGAGCCCUCACACAGGAGGUGGAGUUCACCGUGAGACGACUCCGAGGGACCAGGCAGUCUGCGGCAAUGUUAACCCAGAGCUGAAAAGUACACGUCUGUCGGCUCUGGUACAUGACAGCAUACACCAGUCAUGGAGCUCCACAAUUUGAUGACCUUAUGGAUAUUUUGUUUAUGUCUCUUUGGAGAAAGUUGGGCUGAAAAACAAAGUUCACCCACACUGGACAGUCAGAUUGUUGAAAAUGGGCUAUCAGAUUUUUGUCGCAUCGAUGUCCCACUAUGCAAGGAUGACAACGCCAUUCUCAGCUUUGAGGCUAUCCGGAGUAUCCAUAAGCAGAUGGAUGAUGACGCAAACGGCAAUGUAGACGUGGUAGAAACAGACGGCUUCCUGAGAGAAGAUCUAAACUACCAUGACCCCAAGGCCAAACAUAACAGCUUCCACGGGGAUGAUCAGUUCAUCAGUGUGGAAGACUUGUGGAACGCAUGGAAGGGCUCUGAAGUGUAUAAUUGGACAGUGGAUGAGGUGGUGGAAUGGCUCAUCACAUAUGUGGAACUGCCACAAUAUGUGGAUGCAUUUCGCAAGAUGAGUUUCAACGGAAGUGCAAUGCCAAGGCUUGCUGUAAAGAACACCACUCUGACACUCUCUAUUCUGAAGAUUUUGGAUCGUAGCCAUGUGCAAAAGUUGCAGCUCAAAUCUUUGGACACUGUACUGUUUGGAGCACCCUUAAUGAAUAGACACAACCACUUGAAGGACUUCAUGCUGGUAGUGUCAAUAGUCAUAGGCAUGGGUGGCUGCUGGUUUGCCUACAUCCAGAACCGCUACUCUAAGGACCACAUGAAGAAGAUGAUGAAAGACCUGGAGGGCCUCCAAAGAGCUGAGCAGAGUCUGCAUGACCUACAACAAAAACUGCAAAUCGCCCAGGAGGAGCACCGCACAGUCGAAGUGGAGAAGGUGAACCUGGAGCAGAAGCUGAGGGAUGAGAUAAACGCUGCCAAGCAAGAGGCCCAACGGUUGAGAGAGCUGCGGGAAGGCACAGAGAAUGAACUGAGUCGCCAGAAGUAUGCAGAAGAAGAGCUAGAACAGGUACGCAUGGCAUUAAAGAAAGCAGAGAAGGAGUUGGAGUCACGGAGUAGCUGGUCACCGCCAGAGUCUCUCCAGAAGUGGCUGCAGCUCACCCAUGAGGUGGAAGUGCAGUACUACAACAUCAAGAAGCAAAAUGCUGAACGGCAACUCCUGGUGGCCAAAGAAGGGGCAGAGAAGAUCAAGAAAAAAAGGAACACGCUUUUUGGGACUUUCCAUGUGGCUCACAGCUCCUCCCUGGAUGAUGUGGACCACAAAAUAUUGGCAGCAAAACAAGCCCUGGGUGAGGUGACAGCUGCUCUGCGGGAGAGGCUGCAUCGCUGGCAGCAGAUAGAGAUCCUCACAGGUUUCACCAUCGUCAACAACCCAGGCCUUCCUACCUUGGCCUCAGCCCUCAACCUCGAUCCCAGCUUCAUGGGUGGCAGAGCUACACCUCAACACUUCAUCAUGUCUGACGACAUGGACGACAUGGACGAGGAUAUCGUGCCUGGAACUCUACAAUAUGGCAACCUAUUGUUGGAACGGCGAGCCAGUGACCUGUGGUCCGUUGGUUCAGACUGUCUCCCCGUGUGGAAACGUCCUGCUCCCAGUAUGAUGUCGCUGCGUCAACGCCACAUUGACCCCCAGCUGGCCAUGGGCUCCCAGAGGUUGGUAGAGAGCUGCCUGUUGGUGGGGCAGCAGGGAGAGGGAACCCCCUACCCAUCCAGGUCUAGGGCUGCCCUCAGACAGUCACGCAGCCAGUCGUUUGGGCAGCUCGAGUGCUUUUCUCUGCCUCCACUUUCCUCAGCUGUUUCUCACCCGUCUGUCAUCUGUACUUCCAACCCAAACCCUCAGUCCUCGUCAUCCUUGUCCUCUUCUUCCUCCUGCUUACCUAGCUCUGUGGGUGGCGGCGUAGCCGCUCAUUCCUCCCAUAUAUAUCAUACUUCUUUCCAGCCCAUGGACCCCAUUCCUGACUUCACGUUCUCAGACGCCUCCAAUGUACACUCCUCAUGCAGCGACAGUUUCGGGGACCUAAAUCGCUCCGAUUCUGACUCCUCCCUGUCCCUCUCCCAAGUUGGUGAUCGGCUGUCUGCCUUCAGCUCCAAAGGCCACCUAAUCAAGCCCACCUCUCUCAUACAUAGCCUGUCAGGUGACGCCAUCUCCCUGCAUGCUCUCACGCCCAACGGUGGGAACCGCAUUCACGAGGGAAGUCCUACAGAGCUCGUCUGUGACAGCCCCAUACUCAUGAAGAAGGUGUACGGCAUGGAGAAGUCGCCCAGCAUGGGAGAGAUCAACAGCCUGUCAGAGUCGUCACGCUCCCUCAGCCCAAACUCCACUGAACCUGACACACCAUCGCCGACAGGAGGGCAAGUGGGAGUCGUGGGGGCAAAAGGCAGCACUCGCAUCCCUCAGCUGUCCUCCAAGAAGAGCCCUCUGGAGGAAGACAGUGGCUCAACAGGAGAAGAUACAGAUUCCACUGCCAGCCGCAAGAAACACACCUUCAAGAUCUUCAAAAAACAGAGGAAAUAAGAGCUACAUGCGAACUACAGGCUAUCAGAGCUGUCUGACUGUAUUCCUCUGUGUGAUCUGUUUUUAAAAACAAACAAAAAAAGUUUUGGGGUUCACUAAUGUUCAAAUGAUGGCACAAGUUGUUGCCAUUGCAUCUUUUUGUAGGUUACAACACCUACUCUGAGAGACUGUGGACUGUGUUCAGCUUUCUCUGCUUAUUUGGUCAAUGUUGAACAUGUGGGGAAUGGGUAGGCUUGUAUAUUGGAAUGUAAAGUAUUAUUUAUUCUGCAGGAAAUUGUGCCAGUCUGUAAGGGGAAUAUGUCCCUCUUGGUUUUUCUUUCUUGUUCUACGAUCUAUAACAUUUUGCAUGUCUUCACUUUUGUUUGACUGAUACUCGAAUGCUCUUAGUGUUUGCUUGGUUGUUGUCGUUAACCUGCUUAGACAACACUUGAUGUUUCUUUGAGUACUACCUAACCACCUAGCCUACAAAUCCAAAGUGAAUGUGCACUCCUUUUUUUUGUUUCACAGAGUACUUUGUUUUUACUGAUGGGUACAAGUUUUUCUGUCUUUUGUUGUUGUCUUGUUGGCAGAGCAAAUGACACAUACAGGAGAUGUUCAAACUGGAGUAGUAGAAAGCUGCAGAACAUAAGUGAUUUAAACUUCACUUUUGUCUGUCAAAGAAUUUUACUAUUUUUACUACUGGGUGUGAUUUAUGCUACAAGAAGGCUCAAUUAUGAAGCAUCUAAGAGGCAAAUCACACUGAAAAGUUACAAUAGGACUGUCCAGUAGGAUUGCAGACCUUUAGCUUUGCGGUUUUUACUAUUAAGAUUCAGUGCAUGGGAGUGUGAGCGGUGUCUGUUCUUUUUGCUAAAAAAAAAAAAAAACAAAAAACGUUGAGUUUAACUACUGUUUAUAUUUAGGGUUUACACAGGUCCUCAGUGGACCAUUAGUUGAACAGGUGUUUAAAAAUCCUGUCUAAAAUGUACAGCGCGGAUAUCGGAAUAAUUUUACUUUCAUAAUUUUUACCAAAAAAACCUAAUUACCAAAAUGUUUGACGUAGCGGUCAGAAAACACCAGAGACUACUAUAUUUAUUUGUCAGUGUAUUGAAUUUUAAAAUUAGGUUGCACUUUUUAGAAGGUGUGCUAGAGGUAUUAGAUUUGUACACCUAUAAAGCGUAUGUUUUUGAGGAUUAGCCUCUUAAAAACUAAAAUGGGAUCCACAUUUUCUAUUUACUGUUAAUUUGGUGAACCGGGUGUGAUUUUAACUUGGAUUUUGGCUUCUGCUAUCCUGUGUCUUAUUGUUCCUGUGUUUUUUUUUAGGUGGACAAUAAAAGCUUCACAGCAGUCUGUCAGUGAGGAGUGGGUGCUGGUAAGGGCUACAGUAAGAUAGAAGUUUUUCAAGUUGUCACUACUUGUGAUCCAUGUUUUAUCGAAGACAAGUUACGGAGGCAGAAGACCAAUCAUGUAAAAGUGCCAAACCACUAUUUCUGUCAGAGGCCUUUGUACUUGCAGUGUGUUCAACCUUUUGAUCCCCUUCGACACAGAACACAAAACCGCAUGAUAUAUACAGUACUGUAUAUACAGAGUUUAACAGCGGAAUGUCCAAUGGUAUUGUUUCUGUAACAGUAUCAUCAGUGCAGUAUGUUUACAUUUAUUACAGAAAAUUGCUCUCCUCAGAUUGCUACAACAAAGAGCCUUGUACCAGUUUUAAUGUCUAUUGCUUCAUUUGAGCACAGAACUAUGCAUUAGUAGUUGUAGGUGAUUGCUAAAGUAGUACGGACACCGAUACACUUCGGGUGCUCCCGUUUAAUGAACAACCAAAAAGUGCUGCAGAAGACACAGUCGGUCUCCCCGAGCCGCUUACUGUAACAGGUGGUUUGGAUGUAUAAGACGCGUUGAAAUAUUUCAUUUUAGAAACCAGCUUAAAAGAAAAAAAAACUGUUUCCUACUGGUACUUUUUUAAGGUGUCAUUUGUACCUAUUUUGCACGACCGAGCUGUAAAUUGGUUAUGCCAUCUGAACGUGUGCGUGUAGGUGUGUGUGCGCGUCCGUCUGCUCCCAGUAUAAUGCACUGUAACGUUGAUGCAUGUCAACCGUCAUAACGAAACCUGUAUUGGGUUAGAAGAGUGGAUCAGCUUAAGCUCUUGAGUCCCAACCCUACUUUUCUCCUUGUCUUUAUUUUGAGCUUCUAUUUAUGAAAACAUACAGUAUAUUUGUACAGAGAAAAUGAUAAUUUUGCAUCUACUGUGGUGGUCUAGACUUUGAUGGCACUCCUGCAUGAUAGCAAUAAACUAUUUUGAAUGAAA